GGCUCAAAUCACCAUGGAAAAAACAGAGUUACCCAUUCACAAACAUCCUUUGUUAACUAUUACUCGCUUUUUAAAGAGAUGUUGUGAAGGGUGUGGGCAUUAUGGAUACAUUUACGGAGGCUAUUGUUGCAAUGAGUUGGGGUGUCAAAAUUCUGUGUUUCACAAGGAGUGCGCGGAAUCUUUACCAGAAAUCAACCACUCUUCUCAUCCCGACCAUCCUCUCAAGCUGCUCCUAAAUCGCCAAUCAUCUACUUGUAGUCAUUGUCAAGGUUCUUUUCAAAAUGGUUAUUUUUGCUCAAUUUGUGACUUCAAGCUGGAUUUGUCUUGUGCAAGGGAAACGGGCGCAACUCUUACUCUUGAAAUCACCAAUGUGCACGAGCAUCCACUUGAACUCUUUAAUGAAGCGAUAACAUCUGGCGGUUCAGACGACGUGAGUUGUAAAACGUGCAACCAUAUAGUUUCUCUUUCUUUACUAGAACAAUGUUACAAAUGUUAUCAAUGCCAAUCAGUCUUCCAUGUAAUAUGUGCCAAGUUUUUUCCAGAAGCAAACCACACUUCCCACGCCAAACACCCACUCAAGCUACUUACAUGUGGAGCACCCGAUUACGCUGACAAUAAGUGCCUUCUUUGCGGGAAAGAGUCGGACCAACAUCUUCACCACUGUGAUGUUUGUAAUUUCAGCAUAUGCAGUUUGUGUAUGAGCAACCCACCACCGCUUGGUGUUGUAAGCUCGACGACCCAUGAACAUCAACUUCAUCUUGUUCCAAGACAUAUAGAUUUCACUUGCAAUGCGUGUGGGACACAAGGUGAUCGAAGCCCUUAUUUCUGUCUUCAAUGCAAUUUCAUGAUUCAUCGGGAGUGUAUCGAUUUACCUCGAGUUAUAAACAUCAACCGCCACGAUCAUCGCAUCUCUUAUACUCGUCGUCUUGGACAUGGAAAGUGGCAAUGCAGAGUUUGUCGUAAGAAAGUGGAUGGCUUCUAUGGGGCUUAUUCUUGCUCCUCCAAAUGUUCUAACUAUGUUGUUCAUUCAAGAUGUGCAACGAGAAAUGAUGUUUGGGACAUGAUAGAACUGGAAGGGAUGCCCGAAGAAGAGGAGAUUUCGCCAUUCCAGAUGAUUGACGAUAAACAUUUUAGCCAUGAUCACAACUUACGAAUCAACAAGGAGGGAAUGAUUCUACAUGAAAACACAUUUUGUCAAGCAUGUGUCUUCCAGAUUUGUUCAGAACCGUUCUACAGUUGUGAGCAGUGUGAUUUCAUUCUCCACCAAAAAUGUGCUAACCUUCCUCGGAAGAAACGACAUGUGUGCCACAAUCAAGCAUUUACGCUAGAGACAAAUUUUGAAGGCAGAGAGUUUACAUGUCAUCUUUGUAAGCAAAGGUUUACCGGUUUCAGGUACAUGCCUCUGACUGGUGUUAAAUGUCUAGAUGUACGAUGCGGUUCGAUUUCAGAACCAUUUCCACACGGAAGCCAUCAACAUCCUUUAUACUAUUCUAAUGAUAUGUCGUCUAAGUCUUGUACUGCAUGUGGCGAACGAAUAAACAGAGGAAGGUUAAGUUGUGAUGAGUGUGACUUUAAUUUAGACUUCAAGUGCGCUUUAUUACCGGAAAAGGUAAUGAGGCAUAGGUACGACGAUCAUCCUCUCUUCUUGUCUUAUGGUGAAAGCAGUGUGGAUGGAGAAUAUUGGUGUGAAGCAUAUGAAACAAAAGUGAAUCCAAAGAAAUGGUUUUAUACAUGCAAUGAUUGUGGUGUCACAUUGCAUAUUUCCUGCGUUGUAGGAGACUUCUCAUAUGCUAUGCCAGUUUCAGUAAGAAGUUCAUAUGCAAAAGUUGUAUUCAACGCCUCAAUCUGUAGGCCACUUUGCAUUAUGUGUACCUCCCGAUGCAUGCCUCCUUCCAUUCUCCAGGUUACCAAGGCCGGAGUUACUGUAUAUUUUUGUUCUUCAAAAUGUCUUUUAAACUUUAUGCUGACAAAUGGUAUGAAAUGUUUUAAUCAGGCCCGGCUCACUCAUCGGCAAGACCCGGUGCCAUACAAAAAAAAAUUCUAUCUUUCAUAAAAAAAAUUGGAUAUAUUUCAUAAAUUAUUUUGAAUUU